GUCGACAUCGACUCGAAUGAUAUUGCCAGUGUUUGGUUCUCUAUACCGUUAAAUCCUCGAAAGUAAUAGAACGUGACAAUGGAAGAUUCGUCUCUUUCAGUAGUACUCAGUGGUUACGGUGGGCUCGACAAAAUUCAGGUGCAGCAUCUUCCAUUCAACCGUAACCCCGAAGGUGGACAAGUGAUCGUGAAAGUGAAAUCAUGUGGGCUAAAUUUUGCUGAUAUUUAUACUAGACAAGGUCUUGUUCGCAAUGAGCCUGGGCCCCCAUUUAUUAUGGGAUUAGAGUGUUCUGGUGUUGUAGUUGGUGUUGGAUCAAAAGUUGAGAAUUUGAAGGAAGGGGACAGAGUUUUGAUUCAUACAGGAAAACCAGGUCUUCAAACAGAAUUUGUAUGUAUUGAAUCAUCUAGUUGUUUUGUAGUGCCAGAAUCCAUGUCCUUUGAUGAGGCAGCAGCUUUUCCAGUGAAUUAUCUAACGGCAUAUUUCUGCUUAUUUGACAUUGGGAACCUCCGCAGCAAUCAAACUGUUUUAAUACCUUCGGCAGCAGGUGGAGUUGGUUGGGCAGCAACACAGUUGGCCAAAAGCAUACCAAAUGUUCGCGUAGUUGGUUUGGCGUCCAGUAGCAAGCACGAAGCUAUUAGAGCAAAUGGCGUCGAUGUCACCAUAGAUUCGAAGGACCCUUGUUGGGAUGCGGCUGUUAAAGCGGCAUGUCCUCAAGGAGUAGAUAUUGCGCUUGAUUGCACAUCGGGCGAUAAUUUUCGGCGCACUCAACUGUUGGUAAAGGAUUUAGGAAGAGCUAUUCUCAUAGGUGCCAACGAUAUGAUUGCUGGAGAGACACUUAGUUUAUGGCGAAUUUUUAGAAGCUGGUGGUACUCAGCCACUAUAAAACCAAUUGAUCUAGUUCUCAAUAGCCGUGUCGUUGCCGGAUUUCACUUGACCCAUGUGAAAACUCGACUUCCUGAAAGAUAUCGAGAGGCUAUACUUCAUCUUUUCGAAUUGUAUGAGAAAAAAGUGAUCCGACCUCAAAUUGACUCUGUGUGGACUUUUAGUCAGAUUACUGAAGCUACAAAUAGACUUUCUCAACGGGAAAACAUCGGAAAAGUUAUAGUGACUCCUUAACCUCAUCUUUACUUUAGCGAACAUUUUUCGAUCUGAAACGACGCUAUCCACUUAUCAGGAAUGGGUUGGUAAAGUCUAUUGCCUUACAAAAACCAAUUUCAUGUUUUUUUUGUGGGCUAUUAAAAGGUUAAAGGUCCACUAUU